AUGUCCAACAUUCCAAAGACACAAACCGCUGCAGUCGUGCCGUCUCACGGAGCUGCUCUUGAAAUCAGAAAGGAUCACCCGGUCAAGCAAUCUUCUGAGCUUGCCCCGGGCGAAUGCCUCGUCAAAUUAUUCUGCACUGGAGUCUGCCACACGGACUUGCAUGCUAGCAAAGAUGAUUGGCCGCUUCACGCCAAUACACCUCUUGUUGGCGGACAUGAAGGUGUAGGAGAGAUCGUUGCCAUCGGGGAACACACCAGCGAAUCUCCUGUGAAGAUUGGUGAUCGUGUAGGCAUCAAGUGGCUUGCGUACUCUUGCUUGAACUGUGAGCAAUGUCGCAAUGGACGAGAGCAAAACUGUCCCAAAGCAAAACUGAGUGGUUUCACCAUUGAUGGCACAUUCGCACAAUAUACAGUCUCCUACGUACAUCAUGUUACCCCUAUUCCACAAAAUUUAGACAGCAACGCCGCGGCUUCGAUUCUUUGUGCGGUAAGGGGGGUUACCGUAUAUAGGGCUCUUAAGUACAGCCGCUCAAAGAUUGGCGAAUGGGUUGUCUUGCCUGGUGCGGGCGGUGGCCUCGGACACUUGGCGGUUCAAUACGCGGUGGCUAUGGGCCUCCGUGUUGUAGCGAUAGACUCUGGCCACGAGAAGAAGAAGCUCUGCAUGGAGCUUGGAGCCGAAAAAUGGAUUGAUUACAAGGAGGCAAAAGACAUUGUCCAGGCUGUCCGAGAAGCAUGUGGUGGCGAGGGGGCACAUUGCGCUGUCGUCACCACUGCGGAUGCUUCUGGUUAUACCCAAGCCGUCGAUUACCUUCGGCCUGGAGGAACGCUGAUGGCAGUAGGGCUACCUGGUGAAGCAAAGCUCGAGGCGUCCAUCUUUUUCACGGUCUUUAAGAGCAUCAACAUCCUUGGUUCAUAUGUUGGUAAUCGUCAGGAUGCCGUCGAGGCUCUGGACAUCGCAUCGAGUGGUAAGGUAGCAGUGAGGUGUGAGAUCAAGGGUCUCUCCGAUCUUGAGGGGGCCUAUGACGCACUCAAACAAGGCAAAGUAGCGGGAAGGAUAGUCUUGGAAAUGCCAAAGUGAGUACAUAUACAUAUAGUCCUAAGAGUCUGUAUAGUCAAACCAAAGCCAAACGUCAAUUCAUGCACGUAUAUUCUAUUUGGUGUAUUCCAUUAUACUGUUUCUUCUGUUAAGUUCUCCGUUUGAACACCAAGGGAAGGCGGGCAGGUCUAAACAGC